AUGACUUGUGUGUCCUUCAUUCUGCCCACUCAUGGGUUCACUGGGCCCCUCUUUGGUGCCAGGCAUCUGCUACUGAGGGGUGCCAAGCCCCUGCCAGAGAAGCUUGGAACUGGGUGGGAGCAGCAAGAGGGCUGGAGGCAGCAGCAGGAGCACAGUGGACGCGACCCAGGACCCAGGACCCAGGACGGCGUCGGGAAUCUGGUCAUGGCUCUGGGCCCCAAGACCCUUCUGUUCGUCAUCUUCCUCUUCCUUGGUCUGCUGCGGUGCCAAGGUGCCCCUGCCACCAUUGCCCGGCAGGACAAAGAUCCCCAGGAGACAGUGACACCACAGCAACCAAGGCCCAGCCUCAAGGAGGAGGAGUGUCCACCAGGAUCUCAUAGAUCGGAACAUAACGGAGCCUGUAUCGGGUGCACAGAGGGUGUGGAUUACACCAAUGGCUCCAAUAAUUUGCUUGCCUGCCGCCCAUGUACAGUUUGUAAAUCAGAUGAAGAAGAGCUAAGUCCCUGCACCACGACCAGAGACACAGAGUGUCGGUGCAAGCCAGGAACUUUCCGGAAUUGCAGUUUCACUGAGAUGUGCGAGAAAUGCCACACAGGGUGCCCCAGAGGGAUGGUCAAGGUCAGUGAUUGUACGCCCUGGAGUGACAUCAAAUGCAUCAGCGAAUCAGCUGCCAAUUCCACUGGGAAAACCCCAGCAGCAGAGGGGACAGUGACCACCAGCCUAAGGACUCUUGCCUUUACCUUUCUCACCACAGUCAUCACAGUGGUCUUAUAUCUACCGUGGUUCAGAGUGGUCUCACUUCUAGUGGUCACUCUGGUUGUGGCUGGGCUUGUUUGGAAGACUUCAUUGUGGAAGAAAGUCCUUUCUUGCUUGAAAGGCAACUGCCCAGGUGCUGGAGGGGAUCCUGAUCAUGUGGACAGAGUCUUUUUCUGGCGUUCAUGUCCCUCACGAAGUCCUGAGGCUGAGGACAAUGUCUGCAACGAGGACCUGAGCAAUGGAGAAUCACAGCACACCCAGGUCCCUGAGCAGGAAAUCGAAGGUCAGGAGCUAAGAGAGUUAACAGGUGUGACUGUACAGUCGCCAGAGGAACCACAGUGUCUGCUGGGACAGGCAGAAACCGAAGGGUGUCAGAGGAGGAGGUUGCAGGUUCCAGUGAAUGACGAUGACCCCACUGAGAUCAACACCUUGCUGGAUGCCUCGGCAACACUGGAAGAAGGACAUGCAAAGGAAACAAUUCAGGACCAACUGGUGGGCGCAGAAAAGCUUCUCUAUGAAGGAGGUGACGAAGGCUAUGCUACGUCCUACCUGUGAAAGAAUCUCUUUAGGAAACCAGAACUUCCCUCAUUUAUCUUUUCUCCCACAAAGGGAAGCAGCCUGGAGGAUACACUGCCUCAGCAAACUGCUAUCCAAUAUGGUGCAACUUACCUGCGGUCUUACAACUUCGUCAAUGCACUUGGAGUAAUUUUUAUGGAAUAUUGACCGUGAUAAGCAAAUUUCGGAGAUUUAGAUAAGAUUCUUGGUGGCAUAGGGUUAUACGAUUGCAUGUUAAGGGUGGUUUUAGGCCACAUGCAUUGCCUCACACCUGUAAUCCCUCCAAUUCGGGAGUUUGAAGCGGGUGAAUCACUUGAGCUCAGGAGUUCGAGGCCAGCAUGGGCAACACAGUGAAACUCAGUCUCAUUUAAAAAGAAAGCAGUGGUUUUAAGAUGUCAUUAUUUUCAGUUCUUCUUCCUGAGACAAGUCUUUAUUUCUUAUAUUGUAGGCUCCAUCUUUGCUGGUGUGUGCAUUUAAUUACAUCUAAUUACAGAUGCCGCACAGCGACAAUGGUUUGCCUUAUACUUUUUUAACUUUAAACGUGGAUGAUCUGGCUAUUACCUAUAUUUUUAGUUUACAAUAUUUUUGACUUAAUGGUGCGAUUGUCAAUACAUAGCCCCGUAGUAAGUCAUGAGUAUGUGGACUUGUGAGGGUUCGACUUCGAGUUUUGAGCUUUAAGACAUGAUCAUCUUAAGACAUGAUUAUUGACAUGAUUAUUGCGGCUUACCUCCACCUUAAGUGGCGAAUAAUUUGUAUUGCUUAGCUUUAUGUGAUAUACAUCGUUCUAUUUUCUGAUUUUUUUAUAAUGACGUAAGCAUGAAAAAACUCCAGCAAAUGCACUUAUUAGGCUGUUUACCUGUGUUGCCUGUAUGCAAACCAGCAGUCAAAAAUGACUAGAAAUAUAAGUAGUGAUGGAGGGAAAAAUCCUCCCUCUGUGAGAGGCAGUGACUGUGUUCCAGGUCUCCUCCGGUGCCCUGUGACUGGACCAGGGUUUGAUGGCUGGCAACUUCUUAAGGUGCCAGUCUGUCUUAUUUGAUAAUUUUAGAGGUAUAUAGCAGUAUUUAUUUGUAAAUAAAUAUUUGUUUAUUUAUUUAUAAGUAGAUGUUUACAUAUGCCCGGAAUUUUGGAGAGUGUGGGAUCUACAGGAAGCCAUGUGUCUGGUCGGUCCUGCUGGGACAGGCUUGAGAAUGCAUCUUCCUGCUUGUCCACAGCAGAUGAGGACAGUGAGAACUGGGUGAGAUCUGAGACUGCGAAUAGCUCCUCUGUCAAGUGCCCGUACAGCUGAACAUGAGUGAAUCUUGGGCAUCCUUUGGGCACAGGGCAGAGUGGGUGUCCAUCUGCCUGAGCAUCUGCCUUGGCAUUGAGAGGGAAGAGUGGACAGUGUUUGGGAAGGGUGUGAAAUGGUUGCUGACUCAGGCAUGGGCAGCCCCUCUCGCUUCUGGUGCUCUGUGACCCUGAGCUCCUGGGCAGCAUUUUAGGGUACAGAUUCCCUAUUUGAGGAGCUUAGUCCCUUUGUAAGCAUCUGAUGCAUCUCAGAAAUACCAGUUCUUAAACACUGUGACAGCGGGACCUAGAAUGGCUGACGCAUUAAUGCAUUGUUCUUGUGUCCCAUUCUAUUAUUUUACUUAAAAACGUCAGUCAUCAUGUUAGCCUCUUUCCAGCAAACUCUUCUCCACAGUAGUGCAGUCGUGGUAGGAUAAUUUACGGUUGUAGUCAUUCUAGGAGUGUCCGUGUUUGUCGUCUCAAGGCAUUGCAUGUUGUCCUGUUCCGGGACUGGUUUGGCUGGGACAGUUAAAAUUCCUGAAGAUUUCAGCACGUUCAGAGUGUUGUGUCCAUUGAUCUUUGGGAAGGGGUGGCCCUUCUGGUCUUGGCACUUCCGUCCUCUCCCACUUCCAUCUGGCAUCUGAGUGUUGUCCCCUGCACUUCUGGAAGGCACAGGGUGCUGCUGCCUCCUGGUCUUUGCCUUUCCUAGGCCUUUGGUGCAGGACACUCGGCAUCAGAGCUCAGAGGGAGCCAGUCUGGUCUCAGCUCCCAUGUCCCUUGUGCAGAGGCCUUUCUUGAAGAUGUAUUUAGAAUAUCAGCCUUAUCAGUGUUGGUUAAGCUUAUUCUUUUAAAGUAAGCUUCCUGACAACAUGAAAUUUUUGGGAGUUUUUAGUGUUAAUUUGUUUGUUUUGGUUUUGCUUUAUACCCAGUCCAAAUAGCACGUAACGCCUGGUUAUAUAUGAAAAGCUCAUAUGUUCAUGAAUUUUGUCCAAAAUAAACAUGAAAGCUUAUAUAAAAAGAGGUGCGG